ACGCAGCUCCGCCCCGUGCGUCCUGCCCCGCUCCGCCCUGAGUCCCGCCCAGUCUUGCGUCCCAUCCCCGGUCCCGAAUUGCUCCGCCGGGUGCGCUCUGAUCGGCCUCCACCCGUCUGGCACAGCGUAUGCGAUCAGCCUGAGCCCCGUGGGCGCGAUCCCUGGCCGGCCGGGCAGAUGCUGGGCGCGAUGGCCGACCUUGCCCUCGCCCCGGUAACGCGGCAGGUCAGCGGCCGCGCCGCCCCGGCCGCAGUCCCUAGCGGCCCCGAGCGCGGGCAGCCCCUGGCCGCAACAGUGGCCGAGCUGUCUGUGCUGGACGCCUCCGGGAGGCAGGUGCCGUUCGGCGCGCUGUUUCGGGAGCGCCGGGUUAUCGUGGUCUUCGUGAGGCAUUUCCUGUGUUACAUCUGCAAGGAAUACGUAGAAGAUCUGGCCAAAAUCCCCAAGAGUUUCUUACAAGAAGCAAAUGUCACCCUUAUAGUGAUUGGACAGUCAUCCUACCAUCAUAUUGAGCCUUUCUGCAAACUGACUGGGUAUUCUCAUGAAAUUUAUGUUGAUCCUGAGAGAGAAAUUUAUAAAAAAUUAGGAAUGAAAAGAGGUGAAGAAAUUGCCCCUUCAGGAAAGAGUCCCCAUAUAAAAUCAAAUGUACUCUCGGGAAGCAUUCAGAGCCUGUGGAGGGCAGUGACUGGCCCUCUUUUUGAUUUUCAAGGAGACCCUGCUCAGCAAGGUGGAACCCUCAUUUUAGGUCCAGUUAGACCAGACAGAAGAGAAGCCCUGUUUUAUGAGACUGAGUCCUAUAGAUUAUCCUCAAUGACAUUGAGCCAUAGUUUUGGAUGGCUUGUUUCCAUCGUCCAACCUGUUGUGAUCCCCUCAUCUCCAUCGUCUCAGUAUCGUGUGACCACAUGUUCAGGUAACAACAUCCAUUUUAUACACCGUGAUAGAAAUAGGUUGGAUCACAAACCCAUCAACUCUGUUUUACAGCUUGUAGGAGUUCAGCAUGUGGACUUUACAAGCAGAUCUUCAGUUAUCCAUGUGUGAUGGUGUAGACUCUUUAUCACUUUCGAAUGGACCCUUGGGAUAUGACCUGAAAUGUUCAGAUGUGGUAUCCUUGUGCAGUGUCUCACUUGUUGGCUUUUCCCAGCCUUUGAGGAGUUAUGAAAACAUAAAGAGACCACGUACUAGUUGAACUACAUACUGAGAGGCAUCAGUUGUCAAAAAUGUUAUAUAUAUUUAUAAUUCUAUAGCUUUUAAAGUUUUAUGUAAAAUAAAAUUGUAUUUAUAUAAAAUAAAACUUUAAAAGCUAUAAAAUUAGAAAUACCAUUUUUUAUUUUACAUUAUG